AUGGGGAUUGCAUCCUGCCUCGAACCUCGAUUCCGUGCGGCCAACCCAAACACCCCACCCGAGGUGCUCACACCAGACUCGGCCUCUUAUAGUUCAAGACAGUCCGAGGAGAGGACCUGGAACCCGCCUGCUCCUCUCUCUCCUCCCAUGUCACACUAUGAUCCGGCCGUCAAGGCAAACGACAUGUCGUCGUCGUCGUCGUCUAACAAAGGCCCGGAAGAGCGCAGGGAUACGGGGUCCGAUCAUAACGCACCAAGGCAACAGCUUCCAUCUUUGAGCAGCAUCUUUGGGCCACCAACCCAGAUUCGAUCCUUUCACUCUCCUCUUUCCGAGCGCCCUGGCUCCUAUCCGGCCACCUCACCAUUGGAUCGACCUCCUAGCUCAGUUCCAAGCUUGGACAGACCAUUCUCUUCGUCAUCGUACUUUCCACCCGCGACGACAUCCACUGCUUCACAGCCGCGAAGUGUACUGGACCCUAGGUAUCAGGAACGGCCCCAGAUUCCGGCCCUGUCCCGGGUUUUCCCUGGACCGCUUUCGCCUCAUUCACGAGAGGAACAGCAACCAAGGCCAGAUAGCCGACUCGAGUACACUUCAGGAGGACAAUGGUCGGUGCAACAUGAAGCCAGCAAAGAGUAUUCGCUCGGCAGCCGUGGAGAAACGACCUACAGGCCGACGGCAGAGAGAUACCCUGCUCACCUUUCAGGGACGAGUCGCGAUGAGGGAAGACACAUGGAAUAUCGGGAGCAAUUAACACCACAGACACCAUCGCACACUCUUCCUGCCACUCCGACCAGCAGCGCCCCAUCUGAGGGGGCCCCCGCAAAGGAUGGACUGGGACCCAAGAUCUGGACAGGGACACACUUUCUGCCACGGUUCGUCAGAGCUGCCGAGGUGCCUGGUGAAGGAAUGUGCUACUUUUACGAUGAUGGGAGUCAUUGCAAGACAGUGAUUGACGGGGAGCAAGUCAAUGCUCACUGGGGAGUCACCAAAGCUGGAAAGCCCCGGAAGAGGCUUGCUAUCGCCUGCGUCACCUGCCGUGAGAAGAAGAUCAAGUGCGAUCCGGAUUACCCGCGCUGUGUCCAGUGCGAAAAGUUCGGCCGUGUUUGUGGUCACAACGCUUCCUCUCCGUCCACGCCUCCUGCCGAGUCGGAGGAUACACGGAGGCUUGGAGGUUUGAUCAGAGGCCCUACCGACUACACACGACCGGGUAGCCACUCGAGCGGUUCUGUCUCGCCCAGAACGACGCUCCGACACCCGAGCCCCGAUAUGCCCACCUCUGCACCCGCGAAGCGUAUUCGAAUUGGCUACGAUCACUACAGCCCAGCGACCAGUGUACGCUCACCGAUGGGACCAGUGCCCGACACCUCCCGCCAAUCCCUGCCAUGGCGGCAGUCAGAAACGCUCCCUCGUAUCCACGAGGACAUCUUGUGCAGAGCGUGGCAAACAGACCCGUAUGUGUCCGAUCCUGAAUCUGUGACUAGCACCAUUGCCUCCGUCUUUGUACACACGGAGAGCGCAGCACUUCGCUUCCUCCCUCCGAAACCGUCUUUCCACACAUGGGUUCAGAACAGCGCUCACAGAAAAUCACCAGAAGACCUGAUGCUCGUGUAUAGCAUCCUCGCCAUCGGUGCCGUCCUCUCGCGGGCCGGUUCGAGGAGCGUUGCGCACGAGUACGCCCAGGUGGCUCGGUACGCCGCAGAACGCUCGCAGCCGUCGCUCCAGCUGGUUCAAGCCAGACUUGCCCUUGCCAUGCACUACCUCGCUGUCUCGAGACAGACCGACGCGAACGACAUGCUGAGCAGGGCCAUUUCUACAGCGAUGUGGCUACAGUUGAACGUGGAACUUGACCAUGUGGGAGAAAACGAUUCGAGGGUAACCCUUUGGGGUUUGACGAGGCAAGAAUAUGCCGAGUGUCGGAGACGGAUAUUUUGGUCAUGUUGCCUGAUGGAGCGGCUUAACGAGACGUUUGCAACUCGACCGGUCACCAUCAACAAGGACGACAUCUUUCUCCGGCUCCCAGCAGCGGAUACUACGAACUUGGACGACCGAGCGCCCCAUUUCGACCCGAUGCUGCGUCCGCUAUCCGAAUCAGCCGGGGCUGGAAUCAUGUCCUAUCUGAUUCAGAUCACAGCUAUGUGGGGUGAUGUCAUGACAUUUAUCAACAGAGCCUCGCGCCGGGGAGAGCUCUACGAUGCCGGGUUUGGUGAUUUCCACCGUCGAACUAUCGCCACCCUUGAUGCUUGGGAGUCUUCUCUGCCGAAAAGGCUCCAGUUUCUGCCUGCGAGGUUGGAGAUGGUCUCACCUGAAGAUCAGGGCCCGCUCAUACUUUUACACACCGUCCAUCACCUGACGAGAAUCAAGCUCCAUCGGCACGUCCACCUGCGAGCUUUACAGCCCGCCACAGUCCAUGACUUUAUCGGCGUGUCUAUGAAACAUGCUGCCAAACUCCUCGAGGUGGCAGUGGCAGUGGCGCAGGCACAAGUCAUCACCCCGCCCCCGUUCAUCAGCACCGGAAUCCUCGAAGCGAUGGACGUUCUUUCAUCAACCGGCUGUGGAUCCGAGCUGCCGGGGUUGGUCGACAGAUUUGCCGUGGCGAGAAGCGUGCUGGAGGUGCUUGGGACAAGCUGGGAGGAUGCCAAGGUUCACUGCAUGGCGAUGGAUCACCGGCUGGAAAGACUGAUCGAUCUGGGCGACUGGAUGGGCAAGCUUGGCCGAGUGGGACGGGAAGGCGUCGAGGUUCAAGGCACGAGGGUGUUUGAAUCUGAGACGGAAGAAGGCGUGGUGGUGAUGCGGUGGCGGAUGCCUGACGGGAUGGACAGGAGAUUCCCCAAGGAGAUGGAUCUUGUUUACUCGAGUGUUGUGAUGGGAAAAUGA